AAGGCUGCCUGGGGGCGGCGGGGGACCGGGCCUGCCAGGACAGUCAGGGCAAGUGUGGAAGGUGCCGAAGGGACGCCCAAGAGGGGCCCAGGUGGCAGAGUGCCUGUAUCCCUGGGGGAGCCCCCUCCCAGCACCGGUGGGUGUGGCAGAAGCCCGCGUGACCUUGCUGCUGACAUUCCUCAGGAGCCACGUGGCCCCAACUGGCAGGGACAGCUGUGCACAGAGGCCGCACCAGCUUUGUUCCCAGGGUGGCGCCCGCUCUCCACCCAGGCCCCGCUCUGGCUCCCACCCGACACUUUCACUCCUGGUUCUUAGCGGGCAGCCGGCGCAGGGGGUCCCCCGCCAUGAGCGCCUAGAGGUCUCCGGGAGUGGGGCGCAGGGCUGGGGGAGGAUGGGGCAGGACCAGACGAAGCAGCAGAUUGAGAAGGGGCUCCAGCUGUACCAGUCUAACCAGACAGAGAAGGCGCUGCAGGUGUGGAUGAAGGUGCUGGAGAAGAGCUCGGACCUCGUGGGGCGCUUCCGCGUGCUGGGCUGCCUGGUCACGGCCCACUCGGAGAUGGGCCGCUACAAGGAGAUGCUAAAGUUUGCCGUGGUGCAGAUCGACACAGCGCGGGAGCUGGAGGAUGCCGAUUUCCUCCUGGAGAGCUACCUGAACCUGGCGCGCAGCAAUGAGAAGCUGUGCGAGUUUCACAAGACCAUCUCCUACUGCAAGACCUGUCUUGGCCUGCCUGGCACCAGGGCAGGUGCCCAGCUCGGAGGCCAGGUCAGCCUGAGCAUGGGCAAUGCCUUCCUGGGCCUCAGUGUCUUCCAGAAGGCCCUGGAGAGCUUCGAGAAGGCCCUGCGCUAUGCCCACAACAACGACGAUGCCAUGCUCGAGUGCCGCGUCUGCUGCAGCCUGGGCAGCUUCUACGCCCAGGUCAAGGACUACGAGAAAGCCCUGUUCUUCCCCUGCAAGGCCGCAGAGCUCGUCAGCGACUACGGCAAGGGCUGGAGCCUCAAGUACCGGGCCAUGAGCCAGUACCACAUGGCCGUGGCCUAUCGCCUGCUGGGCCACCUGGGCAGUGCCAUGGAGUGUUGCGAGGAGUCCAUGAAGAUUGCACUGCAGCAUGGGGACCGGCCGCUGCAGGCGCUCUGCCUGCUCUGCUUUGCUGACAUCCACCGGAGCCGUGGGGACCUGGAGACGGCCUUUCCCAGGUAUGACUCUGCCAUGAGCAUCAUGACAGAGAUUGGAAACCGCCUGGGGCAGGUGCAGGUGCUGCUGGGUGUGGCCAAAUGCUGGGUGGCCAGGAAGGCGCUGGACAAGGCUCUGGACGCCAUCGAGAGAGCCCAGGACCUGGCCGAGGAGGUGGGGAACAAGCUGAGCCAGCUUAAGCUGCACUGUCUGAGCGAGGGCAUCUACCGCAGCAAGGGGCUGCAGCGGGAGCUGCGCGCGCACGUCGUGCGGUUCCACGAGUGCGUGGAGGAGACAGAGCUCUACUGCGGCCUGUGCGGCGAGUCCAUAGGCGAGAGGAACAGCCGGCUGCAGGCCCUGCCCUGCUCCCACAUCUUCCACCUCAGGUGCCUGCAGAACAACGGGACCCGGAGUUGCCCCAACUGCCGCCGCUCGUCCAUGAAACCUGGCUUCGUGUGACUCCCAGCAGCAGUCGCAGGCUUCUGCCUUGCCUCCCGGCUCCUCUCCACCACGUGCCGGAGGCCCCUGUCCACUCCCGGGGCAGCACUGCUGCUCCGAGGGGCCUCGCUCCCCUCCCCGCCUCUUUGUACUUUGUUCUUUAUAGAAAAAUAAACUGUUUGUACCUGG